UGGCCUACGUCGGGAAAACGUCAGUCGGCGCGCUCGCGAGGCAGGACGGAAGAGGCAGACAGACGGUGAGGCUUGGGCCUUGAGGAGUUUCUCGGCGGGAUUUUUUUUUCAAGCACAGCUCCCGCAGCCAUGGCCUACCGCGGGCAAGGGCAGAAAGUGCAGAAGGUGAUGGUGCAGCCUAUCAACCUCAUCUUCAGAUACCUACAGAAUAGAUCCAGAAUUCAGGUGUGGUUGUAUGAGCAAGUAAAUAUGCGAAUAGAAGGCUGCAUUAUUGGAUUUGAUGAAUAUAUGAAUUUGGUUCUGGAUGAUGCAGAGGAGAUUCACUCAAAGACAAAAUCAAGAAAACAGCUGGGUCGAAUCAUGUUAAAAGGAGACAAUAUUACUCUUCUACAAAGUGUUUCUAACUAGAAGUUGCUAUCUUAAACCUGUAACUCAGGCAAAUUGUUAUUUGAAACUUUAAACCUGCAGAAGAAAAACGUAAUUGAUGCUGUCACUUCCAAUUUCUUCCUUGCUAUUUUGAGAAGAGAGAAAAGAAUGGAGCCAGUUUCUUUGUUCACACUAACAUAAUUGGGGGUGACAUUUUUUUUUACAUUUGCGUGGACUAGUAGUUGUUUAUAAAUAAACAUUUUUGUUAAUA